UAAAGUUAUGUUGAAAUUAUUGUUGAUAUUUGCAAUUUCUGAUGUUGUAUGCUCUCAAACAACAUCAAUUGACAAUAUACAAUACAUAGUCUACUCUAAAGACAACAAUUAUGAUUUAACACCUGAAACGGUCCAAUAUAUCAACCCCAGUUUACCAACGGUGUUUGUAGUUCAUGGAUUCCUCUCCGGUGUCGCCAUUGACAACUACAUCACGAAUAUCACAGCAGCAUAUCGUGAUAUUGGCUAUAAUUCAAUAUUUGUCGACUGGACUGGUUAUGAAUCAGCACUCAAUUAUCUUCUAUUGAUCUACAGAGGUAUUUCUGACAUUGGUACAGCUCUGGGUGAAAAAAUACUGCUUUUGCAAUCGCAUGGUGUUGAUCUUAAACAAUUGGAAAUUGUCGGUGCUUCUUUCGGUGCACAUAUAGCUGGAUUUGCUGGAAGAUAUGUUAAACAACAAAAGAAUGAAACUAUACAUAGAAUAGCAGGACUUGAUCCAACUGGGAUAUUGUUAGGGAAGAUUUAUGGUAUUUUUGAUAAUCCAAACGUAUUGAGAGCUAGUGAUGCUGAUAUCGUGGAUGUUACACACACAAACGCGCAGACUUUAGGUGUAAAUUAUAAUAUUGGAAGUAUAGAUGUUUAUGUCAAUGGAGGACAGUCACAGAUGCUUUGUAAUGACGCCCAGGAAGUAAUGGGACCUUUGGGUGGUGCCAUUAUUAAUUCUUGUAGUCAUUUGUUUGCUGCUAUUCUUUAUCGACAAACAAUCGGGAAUAGCAAUUAUAAAGCAUCAUCCACUCCAGAUACUUGUGAAAAUCUGAUUGUUUACGGAGAUGAGUUCAAUGGUAACGCCACAGGAGUUUAUUACCUAAGAACAGAGAAUGUAUAUCCUUACAAGUCAAUUUGUUGAAUGAAAAUGUGCAAAUUUUGUGGAAAAUUCAUCAAAAACUGGUUUUUGCCACUUGUUUACCGUAUAAAUGACCUAUUUUAA